GCACGUUAGCGGCGUGUUUUUAGCUCCAACACAAAGCCUCGCCUACUUUUCUCGAAUUUCGGCCGAUUCCAAAGUCCAAAUGGCGCCGAAAAAGCAGGAAGAAGAGCGGAAGCCGCUGAUUGGCCGCGUCGGCACCAACCUGAGGGUCGGCAUCGUGGGAAUUCCGAACGUGGGCAAGUCCACGUUCUUCAACGUGCUCACCAAGUCGCAGGCUGCCGCCGAGAACUUCCCCUUCUGCACCAUCGACCCCAACGAGAGCCGCGUGCCUGUCCCUGACCCCAGGUUCAACUUCCUCUGCGACUAUCACAAACCUCUCAGCAAAGUAUCUGCGUUCCUGAACGUGGUUGACAUCGCCGGGCUGGUGAAGGGCGCCUCCGAAGGCCAGGGUCUGGGCAACGCCUUUUUGUCCCACAUCAAAGCCUGCGACGCUGUCUUCCACUUGUGCAGAGCCUUUGACGACCCUGACGUGACUCACAUCGAGGGCGAGGUGAACCCUGUCAACGACCUGGACACGAUCGCCGAGGAGCUGCGGCUCAAGGACGAGGAGCAGCUGAUGACCCAGUUGGACAAACUCGAGAGGGUUGUCGUCAGGGGCGGAGACAAGAAAUUGAAGCCGGAAUAUGACGUGCUUUGCAAAAUCAAGCAAAUACUGGUGGACGAAAAGAGACACAUUAGAUUUGGAGAUUGGAAUGCUGUGGAAAUUGAAGUCCUGAACAGGUAUCUGUUUCUCACGUCGAAGCCAGCCUUGUAUUUGGUGAAUUUGUCGGAAAAAGACUACAUUAGAAAGAAGAAUAAAUGGCUGAUAAAAAUCAAAGAGUGGGUCGACAAGAACGAUCCUGGUGCUAUGAUCAUUCCUUUCUCUGGAGUUUUCGAGUCCAAAUUCUCAGAGAUGAAUGAAGAAGAACGCCAAGCCUACAUGAAAGAGCAGAAUGCCGUCAGUGUUUUAGACAAAAUCAUCGUGCAGGGAUACAAGUGUCUGCAGCUCAUUUACUUUUUUACGGCUGGACCUGACGAGGUCAAGGCCUGGACAAUUCAGAAAGGAACAAAGGCGCCUCAGGCUGCCGGCAGAAUCCACACGGACUUUGAGAAAGGUUUCAUCAUGGCGGAAGUGAUGCAUUUUGACGAUUUCAAAAACGAGGGAACCGAGGCCAAUUGCAAGGCCGCUGGAAAGUACAGGCAGCAAGGCAGAAACUACGUUGUGGAAGAUGGGGACAUCAUUUUCUUUAAGUUCAACGCUGGUGCUGGUUUGAAGGAAGCGAAAAAGAAGUGAUCUGAAUGUGUGAAUUGCGUGCAAGGAAAUUUUUUAUCAAUAAAAAAUGUGAUUUCAAU